CUUUUCCCUCUAAUGGAGAACUGUAGACACACAGAGAGUGAGCGUGUGCCAAUGCAGGAGUGUGGCGCUGAUGCCUCAGCUGACAACGGUGGAUGCGAGGGACCGUAAGGGGUAUGGAAAGGAGGAGAGGGGAAAAGAAGGGGGAAGGAAAGAGCAGGAGAGGACAGAAAGAGUGCAGAGUUGGAGCUGGAAGAGUCUGCGCUGGAAACACUGGCCCCUCUGGGCUCCAGUGUUUGGCCCAGGUGGCAGCACUGUGGCUGGUGGUCCAAGAGGAGGCCCCACUACACCCCUCAGUCAGUCUUCUUGAGUCCGGGUACAGGUUAUUGCUGGCUGGCUUGCUGUGGGCGGGCCUUGGCCUUUGUGUUUCUCUACUCCAAUUUCUUUACCACUACAGGAAGACACACAAGCAGGAGAGCAGAGAAGUAUCCCAGAACAGUGAGAACAGUGAGGUGGCUGUGAGAGGGCCUGAACAAGUCCAGCAGGCAUGUCAGCAAGACGCAGGUCAUCUUGUAGCUAUGGUCAGUGCUCUGCUGGAUGGCAUGGUGGUCUCCCUCCUCCAUGAACCCCUGUCCAACUCCAGUCUUUCACAGAUACGUGGCCUCCUCACCAGGCUUGAGGCUGUGUCUCAAGCAGUCUGUAAGGGCAGCCUUCACAAGGGGCAACAGCUGCAGGCCAGUGAUGAGGAGGGAAAAGUCAGUGAGGAAGAAUCUUCACUGAAAGACAAAUUCAAACACAUCUGCACUUACCUGCAGGACAGGGUGAGUGUGCUGUGCUCUCUCCUGCAGGUUCAGGAUCAUUAUGGAGUGUGCGUGGCUGAUGUUCAGGAAGGUCUUCAGGUUCAUUGGGAGCUGCUGGAGAAUCUGCACACCAGAGUGACCCUGAAGCCUGAAAAGUGCCAGAGCCUUGAAGAUCCUCACACUGUCCUCUUGGAUACUGAGAGCCUCUACACACAGCUGGGUCUGUUCAGGAGCAGAGUUCAUGAGUGUCAGACACACCUAAACACCAGCACACAGCUGCUUCAGGAACUGGAGAGCAGUCAGCAGGUGCUGGCUGACACUGUAGGUGUGACACUGGAAGCUACAUGGACCAAAGACUUUCUGCAGUGCAACACUCAACAGUUUGAAAAAGUCCAUGAGGAUUUCAUGUCCCUGGAACAGCAGACUCUGACCUUUGUGACACACCUGAGAGGCCUCAGAGUGUCUGAAGAGGGGAGUAAAGUAAGCUUGUCUGAUUUGGAGCACAGUCAGAGCGCUCCAUCAUCACCUGUCUCAGCGGUACCUGUAUACAGCGUUGCUCUGGCCACAGAGAAUCCCAUCCUGGACCCUGAUCCAGAACCCCCACCCAAAUCUAGCUCCAAACUCUCAGCCAUGAACUGCCUGUGUGGGGUGAGACGGAGGAAGUGAACUCGUAACUUUGAAUUUGAGAAAAAGAUUUGUCAGUGCAUCUGUUAUGUUUGAAGUGUAUGCUUGGCACUGAAGACUUGCUCAAUGACGGGAGAUGAAUUUGGAAAUAAAAAUCUAAUUAAUGUAUAGCAAAAUCACAUGUACUGUGCAAAAGUCAGAGGCCAACCUUCAUUUAUUUAUUUUCCAGUUUUA